AGUGGAGAGUAGGUCAAUAAACUGUGGCGGGUCUUUUAUUUAAAAAGAGUUUUAUAUAGAAAAUAGAAGCAAGCUGUUGGCAGAUGUCUGGCUACGCUACAAGCCUCAGUUACAUGUAAUGUUUAAUUCAUGGUAAUUAUACACGGUUGCAUUGUCAGGAAAUACAUGAAGUGGAACAAUCCAAUAUUUAUAUCAAAAGACAUAGCUUUCAUAAGCAGACUAAUAGACGGCUGAACGGAAGACAUUUGAGGUAAAACAAAAUGAAGACGGGCAUAUUAUUUGCUGUUGUGAUUUUGUGUUCUCUAACAGAUGUGUCAGUUGGAUGCGAUGUUUUUCAAGUGAGCGGGGGAUAUAUUCAGAACACUCAGCUGAAUACUACAGUGCACGUGCCACUUGCCACGACGAAAUGCUCACAUUUGACGCAAUGCAUUCAGGACGGCCUUCGUGUGAAAACUUGCAACAAAAUCAAUUUUGCACCGGCUACAGGGACUUGUCAUUUCUUUGAUAUUUCCGGAUCGGAGACCAUCGUCGACUCCCCUAUUACGGAAUGGAAAGCCGUACAUCUCUCCGACGUGACAGGGUCACCCCCGAACUUCUGUACCCUUAACACGUGCUCGGCAGGUGAAAGUUGUUUUGACGGCGGGAAUGGUCCGAUUUGCACAGAAACUUGAAAGGAUAAAUCAACAAAGGCAUCCAAUACCAUUUACUCAGACAAACAUUAGAAUUAUUAUUCCUUGUUAUAACUAACAAGCAAACCGAACAUUUUUUUUACAUUUCAACAAAUUUAUGAAAACAGUAACAAAAGAAUGGACACGUAUGGAAUCAUUGUGUAGCCUAAGAGGAGUUUGGAUGCCCAACUCUUCAGUGUCGCAGAUAAACUGUUCAUUGUUGUUUGUUUAUAUUCUAUAUGUACGUACAUGUUUAAUCAACAUAUAUGCAGUUAGAAUAAACAUGAAUAUUUUAAUACGCUGCCAUUCAAGCUAUUAAUAAUAAGAGAUUGUACAUAUUACACUUUAUUAUAUACCUAUAUAAAUUCCGUAAAAAUUCGGCUUGUAUUUCACAAUUAAAUAUGGACAGACAGACAAAAUCUCCGUAUUGUACCUUUUAAAUUCCGUAUUGUACCUUCCGUAUUGUAUGCUGCCGAACUAUUUUCAUUAAUAUGCAUGACCUGACAAAGUUCUAUAAAUAGCGCACAUAAAAACUUCACUAAGUUCCAUUUAAUAUCGAUAAAUAUUGAAGAUUUCGUUCAAGAACAAAACAAGAAUCAGAAUAGUAAAGGUAUAUAAUAAAAGGGUUAUUAUAACAGUAGCUUGAUCUGGGACUUUGUAUUCGGCUCUCGUGGAUUUUGCAACGUCGGAUCACACUCGGCGCUUGCGCGCCUCGUGAGAUCCGAUCUUGCAAAAUCCACUCGAGCCGAAUACUGCAUCCCAGAUCACGCUACUGUUAUAAUAACCCUAUGAUAUUUACUUUAAACAGAGUAAGUAUACAGAAAAAUAUACAAAAUUAAAAUCAAAUAGAAACUGCUUAUACAUGAAAUAAAUAUCGACUAUAAAUGAAAAUAAGUGUUAAAAUCCCGAGAAUAAAAAUGGGCGCUGAUGCACAUUGCAAGCAGACAUUUACACAAAUUAACAGUCUUCUUUUCAAACAAUUGUGACAAAUUUUGGCAUAAGGUCUGAUAAAAUGAUUUGUAACAAUCAAAAUCAUUACCCAGGCGCCGUAAAUACCACAAUACAGUAAAAUAUGACUCACCACUCGUACUUAAUUACAUAAUGGGUAUGACCGGUCAAGGACGUGCAGAACCUUUAUACGCCACAACGAGCUUAAUUCAUUACUGCUCUUUGCGAGAAGGAAACAAGCAUACAAUGAAUAUCAACGAUGAAAUCAGUUUAGACGUACUGUGUUCAAAACUUAUUUUGUCAUCUUUUCACUGACAAUUACAAACGCUGAACUUUUCCAAUCCGCAGGAUAUUUCUUCAUAAAAUAGUUAAUUUUAAAGAUAUCCUAUACAGAAUUUAUCAAAUAUUGCAUAAACUAUUUAUGAUACAGCACCCUUUGGUAUUUUGCUCCAGUGAAUUUUAUAAAUUAUGUACAUGUAUGUGACAUUUCUUUCUCUAAUAGUAACCUCCUGAUGGCUGCUGUUUUUCCUUGUUAUUCCUAUAGUAAAUUAUGUCAAUGAAACAAUAUUUACAUGUAUUUAGGUUUGAUUAAUGUAUUGUUUUGAAAAACUUUUGCUUUUCUUUGUAUAUAUAUAAUAAUAACACAGUUAAAGAUUUUUAGUAUUUUCUAUUGGGAUAACCUAACUGACAGUUUUCCGGUCUGUCUCGACGGGUCGGUAUUGCGAUUGGAAUAUUGUUUAAACACAACGAAAAAGACCGACGCUCUCGAAUACCACGUAGACUUUUACCUUGCUUUCUGUGCGAGCAAUUGCAAAUGCAUUUGUGGUAGACUGAGAACCAGCUAUUGCAACAUAUCGCGGGCUUAGAGCAAAACUGGUCUAUCUGUAUAUAGAAAUAGAAGCAGAUACUAGAAUAGAUUCGCUCUAAGCCCUCGAUAUGAACCCAACCAAAGGAAAACGUAACUGGUUGAUGGUUUGCGAGAAUAUGUACUUCAUAUAUCUUUUUUUAUGUUACGUUGAAUAUUAGUAUAAUAAACGCUUUUACAAACUGUUAACCUUGUAUCUUAUAACAGAACGAACUAACCGACCCCUGAGCUGCACAUUUUUCUUAGAGUGGGUUGCGAUCACUAGAUUAUAAAGACCAUUC